AUGUCAAGUUCUGGUAUAUCUUCACAAUACUUUAAUUGGUUUAAACUUUUUUUACCAUCAUUUUUUGUAUUUUUUUCAUUACCAAUUUUUCUUGGUAAUCUUGGAUUAUGUGAUGAUGAGAAAAAUUCAAUUGGUUUAGCAAUUUUGAAGAUGAAAGAAGUUUUGCAAACUAUUAUAACAUUUAUAUUGUCAUUUCGUUUUCUUUUAACUAAAUAUUCAUACUAUUAA